ACGAACCCUAACACCAUUGUUGAAAUUACAGAAUACUUCACUCGCAAAUCGCUCCUUGUGAUCGGUAUUCAUAUUGUCGAGAACAAUGAAGGUGAUCGCCGCCUAUUUACUUGCCGUGUUGGGAGGGAACACGACCCCUUCCGCCGAUGACCUAAAGGACAUCCUUGGCUCUGGUAUACCUUUUCUUUUUCCAAUUUCAACCCUUCAUGAUAAACCUUUAUUUUGUUUCAUUUUUUCUCAAUCAUUGUCGUUUGGAGCAGAAGCGGAUGAUGAUAACAUCGGCGUUCUCUUGUCUGAAUUGAAGGGUAAAGACAUAGCAGAGGUUAUUGCCUCCGGCAGGGAAAAGUUAGCCUCAGUUCCUUCUGGUGGUGGUGGUGCCGCCGUUGCCGUCGCUGCUGCUUCUGGUGGUGGCGGUGGCGCUGCUGCUCCAGCAGCCGCCGAAUCAAAGAAAGAGGAAAAGGUGGAGGAAAAAGAGGAAUCAGACGAUGACAUGGGUUUCAGUCUCUUUGAUUAAUUGGUAGGCCGUUCAAUCUUUGUCCAGGACAUAUCCACAAUCUAUAGCUCUUUAGUUUUUUGUUAAUGUAGUAUUCAUGCCAAUGAUCUAUUUAUGGUCUGAAGAAUUCAGUUUAAUGUUUUCAGUUUUCUUUCGUUAUGUUAUGGAAUUUUUGUC